ACAUGUCACCAAUUCCCUGAACAGAGGGGGUAAAAAGAAAUCCAAAGUCCAAAGCAGAAACAUGUGGUAAAUAGCAACUGACUCUUUCUAUGCUUUCCCCCCCCAGGUAAUGUGUCACGGAGUCCGAGUCAGCUAAUGUCAUUGGGUAUCUCUCAGAUACUGGAAUUAUACAGGGAGGAUCCUGAGGAUAUUCUGUACAACCUUGGCUUUGGGAUGGAAGAGCCGAAUAUUACAGCAAAAAUCCCAUCUCGCUUUUUCAGCUACACCUCCCACGCAAAUGGAAUUAACUUCCGUGUCUUCUUGGAAGCUCAGGUGAAGAGACUGGGGGAGGAAAAUCCCAGCUACACACUGGCAAGUCGUUUCCGGCAGAUUGAGGUCCUGACGACCAUGGCGAAUGCCCUGACCUCCCUCUACUCCCGUGUGUCCAAAACGCCAGUGACGAAGAUCGGGCCUGCCCACCAGUUCUCCUUCAGUCCGGAGAAAACCAAGAAAUGGCAGGAAGGGAAGCACCCGGGAGGAAAAGCCGUUCAGAAACUGCGGAAAACGAUUACCAAGUUGUGCUUGUACGGAGCACCCAAGGAGUUGGGAAAUCCGAAGCAAAGGAAAGAAUCGUCAAGCAAAGCGAGCUCGGGGCCGGACCAGUCUCAAGGUUGCUCGGCGAAGGCGGAAUGUGUGAAAACCGAGCCUCGAGGCUCAGGAGAAGGUUGUGAACAGGCCUCCAAUUCUAGAGACGGACAGAACUCAGAGAGUCCACACCUGAAGGAGGAAGAAGGUCAGCAAUCUAGCGGGGCCGUUACCAAGGAGACGUCGGAUGCAGACACCGGGAAGUCCAAAUUUGACGUCCUCAACACAACGGCAACGGCAACGGCAACGGCAACGGCAACGGAAACGGCAACGGCAACGGCAACGGCAACGGCGCACCAGUCUCCGGGAAUGGAGUUUCCCAAUGAACACUCGGAGUGCUCCAAACCCAUGCCAUCACUGUCGGGGCAAGAGGUUGAUUCCAACUCUGGUGGCUCCCAGGACCUGCACAUCAAUACACAGGAGUCAACACAUCUCAUUAUUUCCCCAGAGCUUCCAGAGCAGCUCAAAACAUCGCCUGAAAGUCCAGAAUAUGUUGCAAACUGAGGUUUGCUGGGUGACAUGAUACUGAUGUCAGAAGGAUGAGUUGUAAUCCCUUGACCAGUCAGCGAUUGUUUUCUCGGGGAUACAUCUGAUGAGAAACUAAUACGUCACGCCAAAUUCAACAGGGAAUAGAUGCCCUGCUGCAUCCCACUCCUCAUCAUCCUGGAUAUACAAACUUGACUUUCAACGCAAAUCACGAGGUGUUCAUAAAACGAAGACAAAAGCAAAAGGGGCCAUUCAAAACAAAGGACCACAGUCAGCAUUUUGCCUGCUAGUGAACUGCUGUCCCAGUAGUAAGAGUGGUGAUGAGAGGGUUUGCUGUUCUCUAUAACCACACACGAUGAUUUAUAACACCAUAGAAUAGCAGUGGUGCAUCCAGUAGAGCUGCUGCCUCACAAUGCUGGAGUCCCGG